GAAAUUUGAAAUAUAUGGACUCGUUAAGAUAGGAUUGGGGAAGUGUGAAGUAGUGUAUGAAAUAGCAGAGAGAAGUGAAAAGAAAUGAGGAGCGUGGGAGUGGGGGUGUCCCGGUUUGAGGGCAAAUUGAAUUUGGUGUUGUCUCCUCAUUUUCCCCAAUAUCGUUGUUCGCAGAAGAAGGAGUUGAAUUUGAAGAUUCAGGGUUCUCGACUGCUUAAAUCUCAGCCUCAUGCUGCUUCUUCUUCUUCUCCUCUCACUUCCUCCUCCGGUGCCCAAUACUCUGAGCCAUUGUUGGAUACAAAUACAAAUAGAAAGAAGAGAAUAGCUGGCAUUGAUCAAGAUGAAUUAUUGGAUCCAUCACUUCUUGCUGAUCCGGAUAGUCGUUUUUGUGAAUUUCAAGGUGUGCAGAUACACCACAAGAUAUAUGAAUUCCAAGCUCCUAACUCUUUACAGAAGAAUCACACACUUUCUCAACUUCCGUUGAUUUUACUUCAUGGCUUCGGAGCCUCUGUGUUCUCAUGGAAUCGAGUUAUGAAGCCUUUGGCAGAGCUUAUCGGUUCCAAAGUUCUUGCUUUUGAUAGACCAGCCUUUGGGUUGACAUCAAGGCUAAAUUUCUCCUCUCAUUCAUCUCCUGCUACUGAGAAUAGAAGACCUCUGAAUCCAUACUCCAUGGCAUUUUCAGUGCUAGCAACCUUGUACUUCAUUGAUUUCUUAGCGGCUGAGAAGGCAAUUUUGGUGGGGCAUUCAGCCGGUUCCCUUACAGCAGUUAAUUCUUACUUUGAAGCACCAGAACGUGUUGCUGCUCUGAUCCUUGUUGCCCCAGCAAUUUUGGCCCCACUUAUUGUGCAUAAGGCUGUUGAAGGAAACCAGUUGGGAAGAGAGAACCGGAUGGAAAAAGACAGCUCUGAUUCAAGCAGUCUCAGGAAUCCAUAUCUGAAGCUUUCCAAGAUUUUGUUGAAGUUUGCUAAGCAUGUUGCACAGGCAAUUAUGCAAAUGGUGAAGGGGAUGGCAGUUAUGCUGAAUUCUCUGUAUAAAAAACUAUUGUCAGCUAUUUUGCGCUCUGCCUUUGCUGUGAUGCUGGUAAGGAUGGUAAUUGAUAAAUUUGGUAUAGCUGCAAUAAGGAAUGCAUGGUAUAACUCAAGUCAGGUUACUGAACAUAUCCUAUAUGGUUAUACUAAGCCCUUGAGAACAAAGGGUUGGGACAGGGCACUGGUUGAAUAUACAGCAGCAAUGCUUACAGAUACAGAGACGGGGUCAAAGCCACCACUGGAAAAAAGACUCCACGAAAUCUCAUGUCCUGUUUUGAUUGUCACGGGUGAUAGCGAUCGAAUUGUCCCCUCUUGGAAUGCUCAGAGACUUGCACAAGCUAUACCUGGAUCCCACCUCGAAGUAAUUAAGCAUUGUGGGCAUUUGCCCCAUGAAGAAAAAGUGGAAGAGUUUGUUUCAGUUGUUGAAAAGUUUGUGCAAAGAGUUUUUGGUGAACCAGAGAAGCAAUGUCUGGAAGCUGUAACAUGAAAUAUGUCUCAUAUACUUUGGAAUUUUUCUUUCAAAAUGCAGAUUAGUGAGUUUGAAUUGCAAGACUUAAAAUUAGUCAUAUGUAAAAGUUACUGCUCUUAAACCCCAUAAUAUCAUCCAUUAGGAUACGGAAACAUGGCUCAGCCAAGCAAUUAAAAGAUGCUCAUAACGUUACUUCGAUGUACAAGAUAAGUUGCAAUUUCGCAUUAUACUAUAAUAUUGUUAUUGUUGAUGAUAAUGAUAAUGAUAAUUUUACUAUCUA